GGCUGCACGAGUCGCCAGGUGGGGGCAAAAUUGGCUUGGCUGACUCUCUGCUCUGUGUGGCUGCAACCCAGGGUGGGGAGGGUCCCUGGGCACCGCACCAGCCAGGGCACCCUGGGGCAGGGCCACUUUCUCUCGGGAUAGGUCCACCCAGGUCAGCCAGAGGACUCUUCCCAACCUUCUUUUAGGGACUUAGGGUGGAGGGAAGAGGGAAGGAGAGAGAUAAGUGGGAAGUGGAUUUCCCCCACACACACCCACCCGGCUUUCCGUUUAGUUCCUCCGGUGAGUGUCAAGGAGUUCGGAAAAGCCAGAAAGAGGGAGAAGAACAAGAAAGCAGUGGAGAAAGUGAUCAGUCAGUCCGCGGUCCUCUUGGAACCCCUGAGCGUCAGUUAUGGGCCGCUUGCAAAAGCGACAUCCUUCUCGCAGUUUGGGAUGAGGGGCAGAAGCUAAGGCAACCUCUCCUGUUAUCUCUGUACUCUUAGGCUGCUUCGGGGUAUGGGGGCUACUGCCUGACAAAGCCACCCCCCCCGCCCCAGCUAUGCCCUAUAGCUGAUGGAUUUGGGGAUCGCGGCACCUAAAAAGAAAAGUCUCAGCUUUGAUCUGACUUUCACUACCCUCUUCUUGUACCUAUUUUUUUUUUUGAGAGAGGGGUGUGAGAUUUUUGUUGUUGGUGUUGUUUUCACUUUGGGGGGAUGUUAGGAGGAAAAUAGGAAAUAGAAGAGAGAAUAGCCUCUUCUUACGUUCCCCCCCCCUUCAAUCUGCCCAUGCAUCACUUCAGGAAGAGGAAGACAAAGUCGUUCAAGUUGGUGUCAGCCAGGACGAGCCCCCGCUUUCCUUUGGGGUCCACCCUGUGACCGGCUGAGUGAUCUCCCGUCUGCAUGUGUUUGCCCAAGGUGGCGUGGAGGGCACCACGUGCGCUCAGCAGCCUCGGCUCAGGGUGGGGUGCAUGGCCCCCCGGGGUUUCGCGGGGCCGCAGCCUCUGCAGCCACAGCCACCACCUCCACCAGCGUCUGGGAUCUGGCAGGGGAAGAUGUUAGCCAUGGGGGCGCUGACAGGCAUCUCUGUGCUCAGCCUCCUCACCUAUGGCUACCUGUCCUGGGGCCACGGCCUGGAGGAGGAAGAGGAAGGGACAGCAGCCAGAGCUCCCCAGGCUAGAGAGGGGCCAGAGCCCAGCUCAUCCACUACCUCUCAGCCUCAUAUCGUGUUCAUCCUAGCUGAUGACCAGGGAUUCAGAGAUGUGGGAUACCACGGAUCAGAAAUCAGGACGCCCACUUUAGACAAGCUCGCUGCCCAAGGGGUUAAACUGGAAAACUACUACGUCCAGCCUAUUUGCACACCGUCCAGAAGUCAAUUUAUCACUGGAAAGUAUCAGAUACACACCGGACUUCAGCACUCUAUCAUAAGACCUACUCAGCCCAAUUGCUUACCUCUGGAUAAUGCGACCCUACCUCAGAAACUAAAGGAAGUUGGCUAUUCAACUCAUAUGGUUGGAAAAUGGCAUUUAGGGUUUUAUCGGAAAGAAUGCAUGCCAACCAAAAGAGGAUUUGAUACUUUUUUUGGCUCCCUCCUGGGAAGUGGUGAUUAUUAUACACACUAUAAAUGUGAUAGCCCAGGGAUGUGUGGGUAUGACUUGUACGAGAACGACAACGCUGCUUGGGACCACGAUAAUGGUAUAUACUCAACGCAGAUGUAUACUCAGAAAGUGCAGCAGAUUUUAGCUUCUCACAACCCCAGGAAACCUAUAUUUUUGUAUAUUGCAUACCAGGCUGUUCACUCACCACUUCAGGCACCAGGAAAGUACUUUGAACAUUACAGAUCCAUUAUCAACAUUAACCGGAGGAGAUACGCUGCCAUGCUGGCAUGCUUGGAUGAAGCCAUCAACAACGUGACCCUGGCUUUAAAGAGGUAUGGUUUCUAUGACAACAGUGUCAUCAUCUACUCUUCAGAUAAUGGAGGACAGCCCAUGGCAGGAGGAAGCAACUGGCCUCUCAGGGGAAGCAAAGGGACCUAUUGGGAAGGAGGAAUACGAGCAGUUGGCUUUGUUCACAGCCCACUUUUGAAAAAACAGAGAACUAUAUGUAAAGAGCUUGUGCACAUCACAGAUUGGUACCCCACGCUGAUUACACUGGCCGAAGGCUGGAUUGAUGAGGACACUCAGCUAGAUGGUUAUGACAUCUGGGAGACCAUAAGUGAAGGCCGGCGGUCUCCACGAGUAGAUAUUUUGCACAACAUUGACCCCAUUUACACAAAAGCCAAAAAUGGUUCUUGGGCAGCAGGCUUUGGGAUCUGGAACACAGCUAUACAGUCAGCAAUAAGAGUCCAACACUGGAAACUGUUGACAGGGAAUCCAGGUUAUAGUGACUGGGUCCCCCCUCAGUCUUUUAGUAAUGCCGGGCCCAAUCGGUGGCAUAAUGAACGAAUUUCCUGGUCUGCCGGCAAAAGUGUUUGGCUUUUCAACAUCACAGCUGACCCGUAUGAGCGGGUGGACCUUUCAAGUAAGUAUCCAGGGAUUGUGAAGAAGCUUUUACGGAGACUGUCCCAGUUCAAUAAAACUGCAGUCCCUGUCAGGUAUCCACCCAAAGACCCUAGGAGUAACCCUAGGCUCAAUGGAGGAGUCUGGGGGCCGUGGUACAAAGAAGAUGAUAAGAAAAGGAAACCAGGAAAAAGCAAGACUGAAAAAAAGCAGAAAAAACCUAAAACCAAGAAGAAAAAACCUCGGAAAAAAGGGCAGUUUCCAAAUUGCCAAACAGCCCUUACUCGUGGGUAACCAUAAAACAGUGUUUGAUGAAACUCAAAUCCAUCCAUACUUUGUCCCAUACUUUCCCUGGCUAAACUGUCAAAGCCAGUUAUGUAUUGAGACUGCCUGAAAACCCCAGAUCUGUUCUCAGCCCAAGCCAAUGCAGAGCAGUCUCAGACUUGACCUCAGUCUUCCUGACCCACCGUGUAGAGAAUCACAAAUAGCCUUGUCAAGAACUUUCUUCUUCGUCAUACCAAAGAUGCCAUUCCCACAGGCAGCAGUAUUUCAGAUAGUGCUGUCAUCAGUGCUUUAUUCUUGCCCCUUUCAUAAAGGUCAGGUGUUGGCAUGACAGUUUCUGUACUUCAGCAAUUGGCCAUUUUUUUUGAAGCAAAGAAGGGGGAAUAUGACUACAACUGAGAAUCCUGCUAGUGUGAAGGGGGUUACAGGGCCCCAAACAAAACUCUGACUUCAGGCAAGCACAGUACAAGGCCAAAGAAAUAGCCUUGGAAAAGACCUAAUUUCUUACUGGAUUUUGUUUACGUGUGUGUGUGUUUUAUACAUCUGAGAAGAUGUUUUGCUAUUAGGGUUUUAUUGUUUUUGUUUUUGUUUUUCCUGGCUGAAGUUUUUCUUCCAGCAAAAAUAAGUGGUGAGACUCAUAUGGGAGACAGCUUGUACCUCAUAUGGUCUUCCAUGUAUAAGAAGGGCAAGAAAAGACCUUCAAGCACACAGCCAAAAAAAAAAGACUCAUUAUUGCUUAAUUGCUUUAAUAAAAAAUGACACUUCUGCAUAAAAAGCAUAAUUUAUUUUUCACAGAGACAGAAAAAUUAUUUUGCUGUCAUCAAUGGCAAUGCAAAUGAUGCUUUUAUUGUUAUACUGUAUUUUCUAAGUAACAGUAGAAUUUUUUUUUAAAUUUCACCCUCCUAAAUGACAAAGCACUGUAAAAGUCUGAGUUACUGUAAACACUGCUGGAAUAAGGAGAGUACUGAAGGGAAAUGACCCAGCUGAAGAAUCUGAAUAGACCACAUUCACCUAUUAUUUUGAAUGUAAUGAGAUGAUGACUUUGCUUAAAAGUUACCUGGAAUAUUUUAGUGUGGUUUCUAUGCAGAAGCUAGACAACUUUAUUGUUUCUAUGAUCAACACUUUAUUUAUGUAUCUAUUAAAAUAGUUUAUUUUU